GCCAGAGCCGUUCGUCGGGCGCGGUCAACCGGUUUGCUUGUCCUUCUCCGGCUGCUUGUGAGGCUUUGAGGAGGCGGUGUUGGAAUGCCGGAGCCACCACCGUUGCCGAGGCAACUACUUGGUUACUUCCGUUGGUUUCAAUGCUUCCGGGUUGGCGUUGCGGUGCCGCUUCCGAUUGUGGGAGCCUCGGCUUCCCAGUCGUCCGAUGAGCCUGAGCAGCCACAGAAAAGUGCUGCUGUAAGCCAUGAGAUGUCUGGUCUGAAUUGGAAGCCCUUUGUAUAUGGCGGCCUUGCCUCUAUUGUUGCUGAGUUUGGAACUUUCCCUGUGGACUUGACCAAAACACGUCUUCAAGUUCAGGGCCAAAGCAUUGAUGUCCGUUUUAAAGAGAUAAAAUACCGAGGAAUGUUUCAUGCCUUGUUCCGAAUCUAUAAAGAAGAAGGCGUAUUGGCUUUGUAUUCUGGAAUCGCUCCUGCUUUACUAAGACAGGCAUCAUAUGGCACCAUCAAAAUUGGCAUUUACCAAAGCUUGAAGAGAUUAUUUGUAGAACGUCUAGAAGAUGAAACUCUUCUAAUCAAUAUGAUCUGUGGGGUAGUGUCAGGAGUGAUAUCUUCCACUAUAGCCAACCCCACUGAUGUACUAAAGAUUCGAAUGCAGGCUCAAGGAAGUCUGUUCCAAGGCAGCAUGAUUGGCAGCUUUAUCGAUAUAUACCAACAAGAAGGUGCCAGGGGUCUGUGGAGGGGUGUUGUCCCAACUGCUCAGCGGGCUGCCAUCGUUGUGGGCGUGGAGUUACCAGUCUAUGAUAUUACAAAGAAGCACUUAAUAUUGUCAGGGGUGAUGGGAGACACAAUUUUAACUCACUUUGUUUCCAGCUUUACAUGUGGCUUGGCUGGUGCCCUUGCUUCUAAUCCAGUUGAUGUGGUUCGAACUCGCAUGAUGAACCAGAGGGCAAUCGUGGGACAUGUAGACCUUUAUAAGGGUACUUUGGAUGGUAUUUUAAAGAUGUGGAAACAUGAGGGAUUUUUUGCACUCUAUAGAGGAUUUUGCCCAAACUGGCUUCGACUUGGACCCUGGAACAUCAUUUUUUUUAUUACAUACGAGCAGCUCAAGAGGCUUCAAAUCUAAGAACUGAAGUAUACGUGAGCCAGGCCCUGCCAGUGUUUCUACUUUUUUCCCCUUUUUCUGUGUUCUAAUGUAUUUUGACAAAGUUGUUAAGUGUUUACUGAACCAUUGGUCUCCCAAGGCCCUCCUGAUGGAAGAACUACAGGAUGUUUCAAAAUUGUUCAUGUGUUUGUGUUACCAUGUUAACUUUUCCCUGAGAGGAAGUGUUAACAUUGAGUCUCUGGCCCCAGAUUGGUAUCUUCUAUGAAGAUGGAUACUGAUAGAUGACAUCAAAAUGACCUUCUUUUCAAAUGUGGGUUAAAUGUAGUUGGUUAGCCCAAACUUAGGCUAGAGCAGAAGGCAUAGGCCAGGGCAGUUACUGCUAUGUAUGUUAUAGACCUUGGUUCUCAUUAAAGUAUUUAUUGGCAGAAUCA